AUGAAAAUGAAUCUUAAAUUUCAUUUAUUAUUAAUUAUUAUUAUUUCUAUACUUAUAAUAAAUGUUUAUUCAUCUAAAAGAUAUAAAGAAAAUAUUGAAAAACUUCGUGGUUUAAUAAAUGGUGCUAAAAGUUUAACAAAUAUUAUAAAAGAAUCAAGACCUGAAAAAACAAAAAGAUAUAAAUGUAUAGAAAUUUUUGAUGAUGAAGACGAUGUAAAUUUUGGACAACUUUCACCUCCAAAAAUAACUAAUACGAAUAAUAACAAUUUUCAAUCAAUUGAUGAUGAUUUAUUAAAACAAUAUACAUUUUUUAAUCAAAAUAAACCUCAACUAAAAGAUGUUAAAUAUGUUUCAAUUCCACAACAAACAACUGAAAAUGUUGAAUUUAUUCUUACAACAAUGAAACCAAUUCCAAUUACAAGUACAGAAAAACCACCUGUUAGUAUUAAAGAUAUACCUAGAGAUUCAAAAAAUAGGCCUUUAUUACUAGCACCAGAACACUGUAAAAUGAUAAAAAAAUAUGCAGACAUGUAUAUGGUAACAGAUAUAAGGCAAUGGGCGCAUAAUCACUGUUCUUUUGCAAAGAUGUACCUGCCAACUGCUACAUGUGAAGAAAUUGAUAUUUUAGUUGAUUCAUGUUUUAAACAAAAAUUUAUUAAUGAAUAG